UGCAGGAGUAUGGAGGCAGUCAAACAAUCCCUCUGUCGUUCCAUUCCCCCACUCCUCUCGCUUCUGUUUGUCCCUGUUAGAGGAAAGAGUUCUGAAGAUGUGCUACUUAAUUCUUUAUAAUUUCAUGUUUUUUUUCUUUCUGACAGAUUUAAGUGAAAAGGGGCAAUCAGAGGAAAAGAGUUCUGAAGUUAUACAAAAAAAAAAAAAAGCUUUUCCACCAGUUUCUCGGCAAAGGUCUGGCAGAUUUCUGUGAAUAGAGGCAUUUCAGAGGGAAAGAGAGAGAGAGAGAUACUGGGAAACCGACAGAAUGGAGAAAAGGACAUUGGAGGAAAACAGACUGAAUGCACCUCACAAAUGGAGAGUACCUGCACGAAGACCCAUGUCACUCUGUCCACCUCCAUUUACCUAAAGAGGCACCAAAAAGGAUGAACCCAUGGAAGGAAACAUUGAAAUUGGUUGCCCGUUCCCCCAGUCUCAGUCUGGGACUUCAAGGAGGACACAGGAAAACAGGUUCCUUCAACUCAGCAAACAGAAAAAAGUGUGACAUAAGGAAAACUGGGGGAGGGCCACCUCCUCCAGAAUACACUGUGGCGGAGGAGUUGGCACUGAGUAACAACAAGGGGCGGCCGAUUAUGGAUGGGAUUGCAAGUGCUGUACAGUCUGACCCUGGUGCUGGCUCCUCUAAGCAAGUGACACUGGUAGAGGGAAAUACAGUGUCCCUGUUGAAGCCAGCACACAUGCACACAGUCUCCUGCACAGAGGGUGAACCAAAUGAUGAAGACACUCUGUCUGUGUCUUCAGAGACAGUUGCUGAGGAUUUUUCACAACCUGCCCCAGAAACUGAAGCCUCUACCUCAAUGGGCUUCAGAAGGAAUGUGAACAAGGUGGAAACAGACUCGGUCAGGGCCCUUUACAAAAGGAGUCUAGAAAUAGACUGUUCACUGAAGGAGCUGGACUGUGAGCUGAGGAGGCUCCAAAUUCAAAAAAUUUAAUUGGAGAUCAAACAGCUGGAAAAAACAGAUCUCACCACAUGACCAAUAAAACAGUUUGAGA